GCCGUGAUCUGCGCUGGUUACGGGACGCCCGGUCACCGCGUUCCGGCUGCCAGCGCUGGUCAGCGGCAGCCGGCGGGUCCCGGCCGCGCUCCCCGCCCCAGCCCCGCGGCGGGGACGGGACGGGACGGGCGGAGACGGUUACGGGCGGUGCCGCGCGCCCCUCCCGGGCGUCGGCCGCUGGCGUCACAGCGGGGCCCGCGCGGGGGCCCGCCCCGGCCUGGCGCGCGGGUCACGUGAGCGGCGGCGGCGGCGUCAGCUGAUCGCGGCGCGGCGGCGAUGGACUUUCUCCUCGGGAACCCCUUCAGCUCCCCCGUGGGGCAGCGCAUCGAGAGAGCUACUGAUGGGUCCCUGCGGAGCGAGGAUUGGGCUCUCAACAUGGAGAUCUGCGACAUCAUUAACGAAACUGAAGAAGGGCCCAAAGAUGCCUUCCGAGCCAUUAAGAAGCGAAUUGUAGGGAAUAAGAACUUCCAUGAAGUUAUGCUGGCUUUGACGGUCCUGGAGACAUGUGUCAAAAAUUGCGGCCAUCGCUUCCAUGUCCUUGUGUCCAGCCAGGACUUUGUAGAAGGUGUCCUGGUGAGAACAAUCCUGCCGAAGAACAAUCCACCUGCCAUAGUGCAUGACAAGGUGCUGACCCUCAUCCAGUCCUGGGCAGAUGCCUUCCGCAGCUCACCGGACUUGACUGGUGUUGUUGCUGUCUAUGAAGACCUGAGACGGAAGGGCCUGGAGUUUCCCAUGACUGAUCUGGACAUGCUGUCACCCAUCCACACACCACAGAGGACUGUGUAUAGCUCCGACUCCCAAUCUGGACAGAACUCACCUGCAGUCAACUCCCCUCAGCAGAUAGAGUCCAUCCUCCACCCUGUCACCCUGCCCACUGGGAGAGGCACAUCCAGCGAUGCGCCCAUCACACCCACACCAGAGCAGAUCGGGAAGCUGCGCAGUGAGCUGGAAGUGGUGAAUGGGAACAUGAAGGUCAUGUCGGAGAUGUUGACGGAGCUGGUGCCAUCCCAGGCUGAGUCUUCUGACCUGGAGCUGUUGCAAGAGCUGAAUCGGACAUGCAGAGCCAUGCAGCAGCGUGUGCUGGAGCUCAUUCCCCGUAUCCUCCAUGAGCAACUCACUGAGGAACUGCUCCUCAUCAAUGACAACCUCAACAAUGUGUUUCUGCGCCACGAAAGGUUCGAGCGGCUUCGGACAGGGCAGCCUGUUAAGGCACCAAAUGAGGCAGAGAACAGCUUGAUUGACCUGGGACCCAGUACUCCUUCUGCAGUGAGACAGCCUGAAGUCACCAACAACCUUUCCUCUCAGCUGGCUGGAAUGAACCUGGGCUCAAGCAGCGUAAGUGCGGGGCUGCACUCCCUCGACACCUCUGGCAAGCUGGAAGAAGAGUUUGACAUGUUUGCCCUGACCCGUGGCAGCUCGCUGGCUGAGCAGCGCAGAGAGGUAAAGUACGAAGAUCCCCAAGCCUCCAAAGGACUCGCUGGUGCCCUGGAUGCCCGGCAGCAGAACACAGGAACGGGGGACUCUGGUGCCUCUAGUGAUGGAGCCCAGCUGACUAAGUGGAUGAUGCGGCAAGGAAUGGUGCCGGUUCCCCAGGCCAAUUUCAUGGAAGACAUAGAAAAGUGGCUCUCCACUGAUGUGGGAGAGUCAGAGGAUGCAAAAGGCGUCACCAGUGAAGAGUUUGACAAAUUUCUGGAAGAGCGAGCAAAAGUUGCGGACCGGCUACCCACUUUGUCCAGUUCCUCAGCAGGGAUGUCCGUCUCCCCUCCUGCUGCCAGCAAUCAUCGUAAGCAAGCAAAGGAAGAUGAUGCUAUGUUUGCCUUGUGAAUGCUAUGGACUGGUAUGCUGUGGAGCAAGAGGCUGUGUGUGCUGUUCUGCUUGCCUCCAACCAGGGGCCAGCAGGGGAAGGAUUCUGUCCCCUUCCUCCACUCUCUUCCUGUUUUCCCUUUGAGUUGUUUUUAUUUUUAAGCUGCUUUCAGAUUUCAGAUAAUCUUUGUUGUGUUUAGGGAUGUCACACAAUAGACUUGUGAAGGGGGUUUUCAAAGCUGCUAGAGAACGUGGGAGUUUGGUGGGCUUUUUUUUUUUUUUUGGUACAGUGUGGGCAAAGCGGAAGAAGCUUCCCAUCCUCCUCUCCAGUGAGGUAGUCAAGAUCUUGCCCUAGACACAGGAAAGGCUGCAGUCUGCUGCUAAAAUCAUUCCUGCCUGCCUGUUCCCUCACCCCAUCCCUAGAAUGGAUCUCCAGCCCUCUGCCUGCGACCGUUAGACUGGAAAGCAUGGAGAUGUGAAGCGUUACUGGUGGCAGAGGAGGAACACUAAUGGCAGAGGGACCCUGUUGCUCUAGUCUCUCUUGCACAAGUGCUUGUGGUAUGCAACACCUUCCCACUCACAACCCCUUCUCUUCCUCUUCCUUUCCUCCCCCUCCCCGUCAGUUUGUCCAGAAUCCUACCCACAACCCAAAUGUUUCCGUUGCAUGACAGCCAGUUACCAAAGCCCUUGGCUGCACACAGGGCUUGAGCUGCGAGCGGUACCCAGGGCUGAAGGGGCUGUCUGCUAUGGGGUAGGAUGUGCCUUCAGCAAACUCUUUGCAGUUAAUUUAAUUCUCCUAUUAUUAUACUUCCCUCCCCUCUCUCCCUGAUGCCAUCCCACCUCCCUCUCUCACUUCCACUGAUGCUUUCCACCACGUCGUGCCGCGGUGUGGGGAGCCUCCCCAAGACUCUGCUCAGGCCAACGCUGUAGAGUCCUCAGGGUAGCUGUGUGUGCUGGGGACAAAAAGAGCUGCGUUCCCUAAAGCAGAAGGCCCUUACAUCGACACUGAUAUACCAGCGAGAACAUGCUGUUGCUGGGGUAGCUUGUUCAGCUGGUGAGCACAGAGGUGAAGCGAGACAUCAGUCAUCUCGUGCCAGCAAAGCAGCCCUGCAGCAGCCAGGAGCUCCUCUGCACCUGGGGAGAAAAAACUUCUGAGCAAACUGCACACGCUUCCUAAUUGUGAAAAGGCAGCCGGGGAGGAGGGUGCCAAGCCUGGGGCUCCUGCUCGUGGGGUUUCUUGUUGAGCGUGGGAGAGUUGCCUUUUUUUAUUGCACAUUAAAGGAGCAAAGUCUCGAGCUUCCCUUGAA